AUGUUUUUAGCUAAGGGAGUGCAAGGGGUCCCAACCAACAUCUCUCGGGACCCAAGCCAACCUCGCCUGCCCGCGGUGCACUCUGCUGAUCAACGAAAGAGGCUCUGGCAACCCGCCAACACGCACUGGACCAGCGCGGCGGGUUAUGGUCCGUACCCCCCCCAUAUGAUGGUGGACAAAGUAGCACGGCCCCUAGUGCCCGGGGGCUCCGGCUGCAAGGCCGGCGUUGACGGGCGUCGCCUAAAAGAGCUAAAUAUGGCCGAAGAAAAUUGGAACGAGGAUAGCAUUGAAGCGGGCAGCAUGGCUGUGGACUCCAUGCCACUACCCCAGCCGGCUGACAUUCCUGAAAUUAAACUUUUCGGGAGAUGGAGCUGUUAUGAUGUACAGGUUUCAGAUAUGUCUCUCCAAGAUUAUAUUUCUGUCAAAGAAAAAUACGCUAAAUACCUGCCGCAUUCCGCUGGUAGGUACGCGCACAAGCGUUUCCGAAAAGCUCAAUGCCCAAUCGUUGAGCGUCUUACAAACUCGUUGAUGAUGCAUGGACGCAACAAUGGCAAGAAACUAAUGGCUGUUCGUAUUGUGAAACAUGCUUUUGAAAUUAUUCACCUUUUGACUGGAGAGAAUCCACUUCAGGUACUGGUUACCGCUAUCAUUAAUUCUGGACCCCGUGAAGAUUCUACUAGGAUUGGUCGUGCUGGUACUGUCCGUCGUCAAGCUGUUGACGUUUCACCCCUUCGCCGUGUUAACCAAGCUAUCUGGUUAUUGUGCACUGGUGCUCGGGAAGCAGCCUUCAGAAAUAUUAAGACCAUCGCUGAAUGUGUUGCAGAUGAGCUCAUUAAUGCUGCUAAGGGUUCAUCAAACUCAUAUGCCAUCAAGAAAAAGGAUGAAUUGGAGCGUGUUGCUAAAUCCAACCGU